AUGCUGCCCGAUCUUACCGGGCGGCCAGGGCUGACUGGGCUGAACCGGCUGCCUGUUGGUAGCUCCACUGGUAUUGGUAUCAGUUUCAACACCCACCUCGUCAUCAUCCAGUGGCUCACCGGCCACAACAUCUCCGGUGCAUCUGCCCGGCUUACCCUCUGGAUUAUUUUUCCUGAACCAUACCUGUGGACGCCUCGAUCUGGCUGUCACAGCCACCGUCACGAUCACCAAGACAGUCAGUCUGCGGUCGCCAGUAAGCGGUAA